UCUCUACCAGUUGAGACCCUGGGUGACGCGGACGGCUGCUGUCCUCAGUGUUGGUCGUCUGGCGCGGCGGUUUUCGUUGAUAAGAUACGAAGAGCUGCGUUACUGGUACGACUGCCUGUGCUACGAGGAGGACUUGAGGUUGUUUCACCAGUACGUAGCCACCACACAGGACCCAGAAGAAGGACCCUCGGAGCCCGCCAUGCCUCCCCCUUUCCGCCAGCGGCCCAUGCGCAUCUUCGUGAACGACGACCGCCACGUCAUGGCGAAGCACUCGGCCGUCUACCCCACGCAAGAGGAGCUGGAGGGCGUGCAGAACAUGGUGUCCCACACGGAGCGCGCCCUCAAGGCCGUGUCCGACUGGCUGGACGAGCAGGAGAAGGUCGUUGUCGUCGUCAAGCAGGAGCCGGAUGCUCCCGCGGAGGGGGCGGCGGAGGAAGAGAAGGAGAGUGAACAGAAGCCUACAGAACAGGCGACCAGGACAUUACGAGGUGUGAUGAGGGUGGGCCUUGUGGCGAAGGGCCUCUUGCUGAAGGGAGAUUUGGAUCUGGAGCUGGUCUUGCUCUGUAAGGACAAACCCACCAUCACUCUGCUCAAGAAGGUGGCUGAGAACCUGGCAGUGCAGUUUGCAAGCAUCACAGAAGAGAAGUACGAGAUCAUCCAGAGCAUCCGCGAAGCUGCCAUCGUGAUCAAGAGCACGAAGGAGCCCGUGCUGACCCUUACCAUCCACCUGACGUCCCCUGUGGUGCGGGAGGAGGCGGAGAAGCAGGCCGCCGGAGAAACGCUAUCAGUCAACGAUCCCCCGGAUGUUCUGGACAGGCAGAAAUGCCUUACUGCCUUGGCGUCUCUCCGCCACGCCAAGUGGUUCCAGGCCAGGGCCAAUGGGCUGAAGUCCUGCGUCAUAGUGAUCCGAAUACUGAGGGACCUGUGUUCGCGGGUCCCCACAUGGGCGCCGCUUAGAGGAUGGCCACUGGAGCUGCUGUGCGAAAAAGCGAUAGGAACUGGAAACAGGCCCAUGGGAGCCGGAGAGGCGCUUCGCAGAGUCCUCGAGUGCCUUGCCUCUGGGAUCCUAAUGCCAGAUGGUCCUGGGAUCUCUGACCCCUGUGAGAAGGAGACCACCGAUGCCAUCAGCCACCUGGACCGUCAACAGCGGGAGGACAUCACGCAGAGCGCUCAGCACGCCUUAAGACUGGCUGCUUUUGGUCAGCUUCACAAAGUGCUAGGAAUGGACCCCUUACCUUCCAAGAUGCCAAGGAAACCAAAAACUGACGCGCCGAUUGAUUAUACAGUUCAGAUUCCUCCGAGUACCACCUAUGCUCCUCCAGCAAAGCGGCCAAUCGAGGAAGAGGAAGGAGGGGAUGACAAAAACCCAAAUAAGAAGAAGAAGAAGCUGCAGAAGAAAUCACCGGAUGAGAAGGCCGAGCCUCCCCAGGCUAUGAACGCGCUCAUGAGGUUGAACCAGCUGAAACCAGGACUGCAGUACAAGCUCAUCUCUCAGACCGGCCCGGUACACGUACCCGUCUUCACGAUGGCUGUGGAGGUUGAUGGGAAGACGUUUGAAGCUUCUGGUCCUUCGAAAAGGACAGCCAAGCUUCAUGUAGCAGUAAAGGUCCUGCAGGAUAUGGGCUUGCCUACCGGAGUGGAGGUAAAGACCACCGCUGAUUCCACAAAAGGGGAAGAAGUGCCCAAUGAUGUGGAGAUGAAGCCUCCUGCUGCUCCUGCUGUAGCUACAGAUUCCAGCACCCCUGCGGCGCCAAAUUCUGAGACUGCGGACAGCACAGAGAAUUCCAGACAGCAGGGUCCGAUAUUGACGAAGCACGGCAAGAACCCGGUCAUGGAGCUGAACGAGAAACGGCGCGGCCUGAAGUACGAGCUGAUUUCCGAGACGGGCGGGAGCCACGACAAGCGCUUCGUUAUGGAAGUUGAGAUCGAUGGCCUGAAGUUCCAGGGCACGGGGUCCAAUAAGAAGGUAGCAAAGGCUUAUGCUGCGUUAGCUGCACUUGAGCGCCUUUUCCCCGAGGGUUCAACAACAGAGUCUGCUAAAAAGAAGAAGCCGCCUCCAAUGCACAGUCCAGUCUUUGGCAUGAUGGGAGGCGCACCAGCGGACCCUGCAGUCAACCCCAGGGGGCGUGGCCGAGGGGGGCGUGGUCGAGGGCGGGGCAGAGGGUUCAACAAUGCAGGAGGCUACAAUCAAGGAGGCUAUGGAACCUAUGGGUAUGGAUCAAAUGCAAACUCUGGAUACAAUAAUUACUACAACAACAACGGUGGAGGCAGCGGCGCCGGUGGUCCGGGAGCAGGGGGAGCGGGGAUGGGCUCCGGCACCAACGCCGGGGCAGGAGGGGGUGGAGGAGGCGGCGGCGGCGGCGGCGGCGGCAACUACGGUUCUUACUACCAGAACGACGGCAUCUUUCCCAGCCAGCCGCAGAACCCCAAACCCCCCGGCAAAAAGCCACCACACCACCCGGGCGGUGGCGGCGGCGGCGGCCCAGGCAAGCAGCCUUUCGGCGGGGGAGGAGGAGGGCCUGGCGCUGGGGCAGGAGGCUACCAGCCUCCCCCGCAAGGCCAGGUCUCCUAUAACCAGUACAACCAGGGCUACAACCAGGGAGGCCCAGGCAAGAAGAGCUACAGCCAUAACCAGAGUGGCGGGGGGGGCGCGGGGUAUUCCAACUACAGCACCGCCUACCCCAGUCAGGUGACAGGGGGCGGCGGCAGCCAGGAUUACAGCUACGAAGGUUAUGGUAGUAACAACUCCUACGGGUCUGGAAGUGGCACAUACGCCCCAAGUUCACAGGGGGGCUAUGGGGGUGGAACAGGAGCUCCGGGCGCUAGCAACUACCAGGGUUACAACAGCCAGUCAAACUACAGCACGCAAGGAGGCGGUGGCCAGAGUUAUGGGGGCAACCAGACUUCCUACCAGAACCAAGGAGGCUACGGGCGAGGGGAUCACACCAUGAGCUAUCAGUACAGAUAGACUGAACCCCGUUCCCUUUCCGUGUACCCUGCCUUUUCCAAAGGAGCAACGUCUCGCGCAUUUUUUUUUAUGCUUCAUUGUCCCUGCAUCGGGUUUUUUUUACACAACGGCUAAGCGGAAAACUGGACUCCUGGCAUCAUCCUCUUGAAAUUCAAGUUGGCUUUUUAUUUUUGGUUCAGAGUAUUUGAAGCUGUGUGAAGUUGUAUGUAGCCACAUUUUAUAUUAUUGGAUCUUAGGAUAUUUUUUUUGUUCUUUUAAAUAAAGACCAAAACAAAAUAACCCUGCCAGUUUCGUACCACAUCUCAGAAGUACUUGAGUUUAUGUUCUGUGAUGGGGAUCCUGGUUUUGUUUUUUCACAGUUUACUUUGACAUAACUUUAACGGCCAUCUGACACAGACAUGAUGUUGCAGUCAGUCAGAUCCUUUCACUGAUGUUUUUGGAGUCCACAUCAUCUGCUGAACAGACUUGAUUGUGACAAGAGGAGACCUACACAGGUUCUGAAGAACCAACUGCAUUGGACUGUACAAUAUCUACACCUUCUCAAACAGUUUGUAAAAAGAAAAACAAUGAUUUUUUUGUUCCUUGUACUUAAGCUUUUUUAUGUGUAAAAUGUGUUUUAGUUUUAACCAUAGUUUUUUUUUCUUUUUGUAUCUUUAAUUUCAAACAUUUCAACCAGUCUUUACUGGUGAAUGUAGAUGACUGGAAUAAAAAAAAUAAACCUCAAUGACAGUCUUGUUAGGUUUCAAAGAAACAAAGUUGACACUUGGACUGUCAUGCGGCACUUAACUUCAA